AUGGUGCUAGACAUCGAGCCUGCGAGCGUUCCGCCGCAUACGCACUCUUCGAAAGAGCCACACGCCGAUAUAGAGAUGAACUCUUCAGACUCCAAUUUCUCUCGGACGGCGCAGAACCAUAGUGGUCGCGACUCCAAGCGGUGGCAGGAUUCCCCCAACUGGAAGAAAGUCAAGAGCAAAAUCCCAGCGCCGAUCGCUUCUCUAAUAUUCGGCGUCAUACUCAGCAAGGACAGUCUUCCUAGAGACAAUGGAGGUCUUGGUGCUCCCGUCCGGCUUUCAUGUACAGCUAGACUCUGGCCUGGUGCUCAAAGCUGUGGCCUCGAGGGCGUAAAUUGCCUCCCCUUCGACGAUUCAAGUUUCGCGUUUUCGUGUCCCGCCGAUUGCGCCGGUGUCCAAGUACUGAAUCCAUACGCGAUUGGCGACGCAUCGAUCGUAUACCGUCCUCUCAUUGUCGGUGGUGCACCAGAAGAAUCAGAAGGCAACGAGCUGGUAUAUCGUGGCGACUCGUUCAUCUGCGGAGCUGCGAUUCAGGCCGGCGUUUUGACAGACACCUCGGGAGGCUGCGGGGUGGUCAAUUUGCUCGGAGAAAAGACAACUUAUGGCUCUCAUUCGCAGAAUGGACUUACAAGUGUAGGGUUCAACUCUUCGUUCCCCAUGUCAUUUGACUUCAACCAGAGCGCGCAAAUCCUGAGCGAUUCAGCGAAAUGCCGAGAUCCCAGGUGGGACCUUCUCACGUUGUCUACUAUCUUUACAGCAGUGUUCUCACUCUUCACUACACAUCCUCUUACUUUCUUUGGCCCCGUAUUCGUCAUCACUUUUUGGCAGGUUGCCAUGGCCUCUGAUCCUCCGUCGUACUCAGACUACCCGUCUCUAGGAUCCACGGCUCUUGCAAACUUCCUUCCAGCUGCUUUCAUUGCUGUCAUCAUCUACCAAGUCAGCGUUCGCAAAACUCUCACGCAUCUCAACGCGCAAUACGAGAAGACUGUCCUGUGGGUUGGCGCUCUAUGGGUGGGAGCGUUGAACAGUCUCACUUUGGACAUGAUCCCUAUUUCGCGCCUCACAGGGCAUGAUCUCAAGCAACAACCUGGUGCCAUCACAGCACUGGUGAUCAUAAUCUUGAUACUGGUUGCUGUAGUUCUUUACCAAGCUUGGUGCUUCAGGGUCGAGGGUCGAUUACCGCGAUACCUGGGCAUCUAUGCAGUCCUCGCUUUUUGCUUGCUUAUACUCUUAGCAGUACCGUCGGAGAACUUGCGGAUACACCACUAUAUCCUCGGGCUCCUCUUGCUACCUGGAACAGCUACACAAACGCGCAUUAGCCUGCUUUGCCAGGGCCUUCUUGUUGGGCUCUUUAUUAAUGGAGUUGCGCGCUGGGGUUUCGCAUCCAUCUUGCAAACCGCAGCAGCCCUGAGAGGCGACGCGCAGCUGGGCACUGGCCUAGUCUCAAUCUUAGAACCUGUCAUCAACUCUACGAGCAUCACCUUCGCAUGGGAAGGUUUGGCGCGCGGGUAUGAAGGCGUCAGCGUAUUAGUCAACGAUGUCGAGCGCUUCCGUGGCUUCCACAAAGACGGCGACAACAAUUUCACUUGGACGAGACAGGCACUUGACCAUCCCGAGUACUUUAGAUUUGGAUUUGUGAAUUAUCAGCCAUUCGGUGGAAUUACGUACAGCGAUUUUACACGGGCAGGCACUUGGUGGCCAAACGGAACGUGGGAUGACCCUCCACCGGGUCGAACGUAG